CGGGGAGGCGGCGGCGGCAGGUGGUGCCGAGCAGCCGCAGGACGGAGCCGGAGCCGCAGCCGCCAUUAGACAAUAGGCGCCGGCGGCGGGGCGGCGGGAGCGGAGCGGGGCGAACGGCGCGGCCGAGGCGGGGCGGCCGCGGGGCCGGGGCGGCCGGGCCCGGUGCGGACAAAGGCGGCGGUGCGGGGAGCCGCGGCGGGCUGGGGAGCUAGGCGGCGGCACCACCAGCACCAGCACCACCGGGCCGCUCCGUGCGGGGACCGAGCCGCAGCCUGACAUGAUGUUUCCACAAAGCCGGCACUCGGGCUCCUCUCACCUGCCGCAGCAGCUCAAGUUCACGACCUCUGACUCCUGCGACCGCAUCAAGGACGAGUUCCAGCUCCUGCAGGCCCAAUACCACAGCUUGAAGUUGGAAUGUGACAAACUAGCCAGUGAGAAAUCGGAGAUGCAGCGUCACUACGUCAUGUACUAUGAGAUGUCCUACGGGCUGAAUAUUGAAAUGCACAAACAGGCUGAAAUCGUCAAGAGGCUAAAUGGGAUCUGUGCACAGGUUCUGCCCUACCUUUCACAAGAGCAUCAGCAGCAAGUCCUGGGAGCCAUUGAACGAGCCAAGCAGGUCACGGCGCCAGAACUGAACUCCAUCAUCCGUCAGCUUCAAGCUCACCAACUGUCGCAGCUCCAAGCCCUCGCCCUGCCUCUGACUCCGCUCCCCGUGGGCCUCCAGCCCCCGUCCCUGCCCGCUGUCAGCGCUGGCACAGGGCUCCUUUCCCUCUCGGCCUUGGGCUCUCAGGCUCACCUCUCCAAGGAGGACAAGAACGGCCACGAUGGGGAUGCCCACCAAGAUGACGACGGGGAGAAAUCGGAUUAAAGCGGCCAGGGAGGGGCUGGGGGCGGGGGGAGGGGAGGGCGCCCGCUGGGGGUUGGUGGGGGGGAUGUGGGUUAAUGCAAGAUGCAGUAUCUCUCUCUAGUCGCUGCGCAGCAGAACCGCGGGGGCUGGUGUUUGGUGGCAGCUUGCCAGGCCUGUUCCCACGGGCAGCAGUGCCUGGGGGAUCCCCUCCCCACACUGCCACCCUCCCCCCUCCCCGAGCCCGGGCGGGCUGCUGCGCAGCGAUGCCAUAGCAGUGACCGUGUGGCCGAUUGUGCUCUCCCCGUGCCCAGCCCUGGCUUCCCUGUCCCUGCACCUGCUCCCGAGCCGAGCCACAGCCUAGCCCCGGGUGGCUCUGGGGCCGCUUGCCCCCCGCCUGUCCCAGCUCCUCAGUGCCAUGGGGCUGCCCUCUGCCCGCUGCUCCUCCUUGGUAUUUAAAGCCUCCCCCUGGGUCCUAACGGUCUCUGCACAACCCCCUGCUGGGAUCCCUGCCCUGAAUCCAUCUCCUCCCUCCUUCCCCAAGCGCUCUUGAUCUCGUGGCAUCACCCUGGCCCUUCUUUGCCCCUCCUGCACUAAUACCAGGCUGGCACCUUGCUCUUCUGCAUGUAUCUAUUCUUGCCCAGUCCCCUAGCACCGUGGCAGGACAACGCACUCCAGCCGCCAGGGCUCCUUCUUGGCUUGGGGCUGGAGUGGGGGAGCCUCUGCCACCCGCUCCCCUUUGGCAUAGCAACCUGGCUUUUGGGGGAGGGGGGGUGAAGCCUGGGCAGGGGUGGGGAGCAGGCAGACCCCAGAGCCUUUCCUGGUCCCUUCCAUGCAUCCCUGUCCCCCCAGUGUAGAGGAUACAGCAGCUUUCUCUGUCCUUAUCUCCGUGCUCUAGCGUUGUCUUCUAAAAAAACAAAAAUGGAACAAAAAAAGAGAGAGAGAGGAAUAAAAUAAUCAUCUGGUGUUUGUAUAUAGUCCUUUAGAAAGAUCUUGGUUUGCUUUUUGUGUUAAUCACUUGACCUAUAAUAAGAGGAACUGAAAAAUGCUGUAUCGAGGACGUACAAGCUGUGCCUUUCAAAUAAAGAAAUAAGAAGGUUGGUUAAAA